UAGCCGCGUGCGGGCGGUACGACUCAGUGAGAAGUGAAGUUCGGCACGGGUCUGUACUCGAACUACACUCAACUUCAUAACUCAACUCGGCCGACGACGCGUAAUAAUAAUGAGUGAUUAAUAAUGAUUCUAUCAGUGAUAUGGAUAAUUGACUUGACAUAAUUUGAUGUGGAUUUAUUAGUGCUUUGAGGACGUAUUUAUACUUUGUUAUGAGGUGGCAGAUUUUAAGUCGCGAAUGAGAAUCUAGGAUGAAUCAUCAGGAGUGCAAACUGAGGGGCGCUAGAUGGCAGCAGCGGAGCGUGGCACGCUGAGACAAGAUGGCGGGCGCGGCGCGGGGCUCCCCCCUCGCGCGUCUACUCUUGCUGGCCAUACUACAUGUCAAUUUUAUAGCUUUAGGUCUGGAGCCGGAUUUCCUGUAUCCCCUGGAGAACGUGACCAUAGCCCAGGGCCGCGACGCGACCUUCACCUGCGUAGUUAAUAACCUCGGGGGUUACAGGGUGAGUGGCGACUCCGCCACGGCCAGGGUGGCAUGGAUCAAAGCCGACACAAAGGCGAUCCUAGCGAUACACGAGCAUGUUAUCACGAACAAUGCGCGGCUGAGCGUCACACACAACGACUACAAUACGUGGACCCUCAACAUACGCGGCGUGAAGCGAGAAGACAGAGGGCAGUAUAUGUGCCAAGUCAAUACGGACCCUAUGAAAAUGCAGACUGCCUUCUUAGAAGUAGUGAUCCCACCAGACAUCGUUUACGAGGAGACGUCUGGUGACAUGAUGGUACCAGAAGGUGGCUCGGCGAAACUAGUAUGUAAAGCCAGAGGGUAUCCCCCGCCGAAGAUCGUGUGGAGAAGAGAAGAUGGUGGUGACAUCAUAUCGAGAGGAGGACCACAGGGGAAGACCAAAGUGCUCUCCCUGGAGGGAGAGGUGGUGAACCUGACGAAGGUGACCCGUUCUGAGAUGGGCGCGUAUCUUUGCAUCGCCGCCAACGGCGUCCCGCCUUCUGUCAGCAAACGGAUCAUGCUGCAUGUACACUUUCACCCGCUGGUCCAAGUGCCCAACCAGCUGGUGGGGGCGCCGACCGGCACGGACGUCACGUUGCAGUGUCACGUGGAGGCGUCACCCAAAGCGAUUAAUUACUGGACGAGGGAGAACGGCGAGAUGAUAAUCACCAACGACAAGUACGCGAUGUCUGAGAUCAACAGCUCGGCGUACAGCGUGCAGAUGCGGCUGGUGGUGCGACACAUACAGCGCAGCGACCUCGGCGGGUACAAGUGCAUAUCCAAGAACUCCAUCGGUGACGCUGAGGGGAACAUACGACUGUAUGAAAUGGAGCUGCCGUAUCGCAAGUCGCGCGUCGACGAGGACCUGGAUUCAGUUUUGGACGAGACGAACGACGUGCGCUCGAGCCUCCAAGGUUCCCUGCGGGAGGGUGACCGAGCCGAGGACAUAGACUUCGCCCCCGCCCCUGCCGCCGCCCCCUUCGACGCCCCCUACGCUCUUUUAAUAACACUAGCCCUCGCCGUGCGCUAAACUUUACCCAUAGAGUUUUGCGUAUCGUAUUUUUAUUGUUCUUCCAAGUUGAGCCUACCGGAAUGUGAAACCGUUUAAAUGUACAUUUCUGUAACGCUGCCUUAUUAAUAAAAAUGUUAAAGUCUCGUUGGGACCUUGCGUCUAUAGCGUCCGAUGCUAGAGCAAUCAUUGAAUCUAUGAUUGCUCAACAAUCUGCUCAGCUGCUCUGACAAUCGAUUACGAAUAUCUGAUAUUCGUAAUCGAUUGUGUUUUUUCAACAUAGGUCAAAUAAAGAGGACGCAUUGCAAAAAAAAAUAUCCACAGCCGAACAUAUAACCUCCUCGUUUUUCGGAAGUCGGUUAAAAAAUCCAUGUGACUUUUCCAACUUAUUUAACAAAGACAACAUGAAUGAGGCUCACCUUGAAUGUAACGUCGCAAACUAAUGCUAGGUAUUGUGUACGUACU